AAAUAAUUUGAGCCACCAUGGGUAAGAAGCAGAAGGUUGGAAAGGCCCGUAGGGAUAAGUUCUACCAGCUUGCUAAAGAAACAGGUUACAGAGCCCGAUCAGCCUUCAAGCUGAUCCAACUUAACAGAAAGUUUGGGUUUCUAGAGAACGCGAGAGUAUGUAUUGAUCUGUGUGCAGCGCCUGGGUCCUGGUGUCAGGUGGCAGCCAAGUUCAUGCCUGUUUCUUCUCUUAUCAUUGGUAUAGAUCUGGAUCCUAUCAAGGCAAUCCCUAAUGUCACAACAUUUGUUGACGACAUCACGUCGGACAGCUGCCGAUCUAAGCUCAAAAAACAGAUGCAGACAUGGAAAGCGGACUGUGUGCUGAAUGAUGGAGCCCCAAAUGUUGGUACAGCUUGGGUACAGGAUGCUUUCAGCCAAGCUCAGUUAACGUUAUCAGCUUUUAAAGUAGCUGCUGAAUUUUUGAAAGAGGGCGGAACAUUCGUCACCAAGAUAUUCAGAAGUAAAGAUUACCAGGCUUUACUCUGGGUCUUCCAACAGUUUUUCAAAAAAGUGAUGGCAACAAAACCGCAAGCUUCCAGAAACGAAUCUGCAGAGAUAUUCGUGGUUUGUCAGCAUUUCCUCGCUCCGGACAAGAUCGAUCCGAAGUUCUUCAGUUACAAAUGUGUUUUCGCUGACGUUGCCAAAGAAACAAACAACCAGAAACUAAACCUCAUCAAUCCAGCAAAAUUCACCAGAUCCAGAGAAGGUUACUCCGAUGGUGCAUCAUUGUCGUUACACAAGACUAUUCCAGCAAGGUUAUUUAUCGACUCAGAGGACCAUUUGGAUCUGCUCAGCAGUGCUUAUACCAUCGAGAUAAAAGAUGAGAAGUUACUGGACAGCAAACACACAACAAUUGAACUCAAAGAGUCUCUUAAAGAUAUAAAAGUUCUUGGAAAGAGGGAGAUCAAAAAUAUCAUCAAAUGGCGGGAAAAGAUACUGAAAGAUGAAGGUCCGGAGGAGAAAGUAGAUGAAGACGUAGAGAUGGAAGAAGAGGAAGAAGAUGAAGAGACAAAAAUCGAGCACCAAAUCGUAGAAUUACAAACAGCAGAGAAAGCGAUAAAGCGCCAAAAGAAGAAGAAAGGGAGCAAAUUAAAAGAAAAGAACCUAGCCAAGGUUGCUAAAGGAUUGGAUGUGCCCAAGGAAGCGUUUGGAGCAGACGAGGAUCCUAAUCUGUUCAAUUUACAAUCGAUCAAAAGUAAACAGGGUCUGGAGAAAGUCGAAACAACAGAAGUUCAAGCAGACGAUCCUAUUGAGGAACUAAAGGAGGUGGAAGAAAUAGUAAUGGAGGAAGAUGAAGAUGAAGAUGAAAGUGAUGACGAUGGUAGUGAUGCAGACGAUGAAGAAGAUGGUGAAGAUAUUGACUCCGCUACAGACGAAGAGGACGAGGUUGAAGAGGAGGAAGAAGAAAAGGAGGCCAAUCCUUUGCUUGUGAAGGAGAAAAGGGACAAGAUCGAUAAGACAAAUCUGUGGUUCAACAAGUUGAAAGACAAGCUUGCUGAAGAAGAUAUUGACGAAGAUCUAGAGGUGGAUGCUAUGGCGAGUGCCUUUGGAGUUAAUAAGGAAAAAGUUGAUAAGUCAACAUCAGAACCAGAGGCCAAAAAAGUUAAAUUUGAUCUUCCUGAAGCCGAGGGCGAGAAAUCUGAACCAAAGAAAGAAACACCCAAAGAUGACAAAUCAGACUCCGAAACAGAUUCUGACUCAGAAUCUGAUGCCGAAGACUAUCGGGACCUUCGUGAUAAGAAGCGAAAAGAACCUGCGUCCAAAACAACAGAGGAUAUGGAAGUGGUACCAGCACAGAAACGUCACAAAGCCUUGACAGCGGCCGAACUGGCAUUAGGCCAACAGAUUGUGACCAGCAGGAAGAGGAAGAACGAGAUAAUGGAUGCUGGGUAUCAUAGGUGGGCUUGGGGUGAGGAGGAUCUCCCAGACUGGUUUGAAGACGAGGAGAAGAAGUAUUAUCAGAAACAGCUACCUGUAACCAAGGAGCAGGUGGAUGAGUAUAAGCAGCAAGUCAGGGAGAUCAACGCCAGACCGAUCAAGAAAAUAGCGGAGGCAAAGGCAAAGGCCAAGUUUAAGGCUAUGAAAAAGUUGAAGAAACUUGCAGAACAAGCGGACCUUAUCACUGAUAACAGUGGCGGUGCUCAAGCAGAACAAGUUAUGAAGCUGAAACAAAUGGUGAAGAAAGUGGAACAGGGCAAGAAGAAACAAGAGACUACUUAUGUUAAGGCUAAGAGGGCUAAUGGUCAGUUCCAAAAGAGACCAGCAACAGCUAAGGGUAGGGUUAAGUUUGUUGACUCCAGAAUGAAGAAGGAUGUCGACGGAAUGAAACGAGCGGCUGCUAAGAAGAAGGGCGCACCUAAGAUUAAGAAAGCAAGAAACAGAGUCGGACAUAAACCGAGAUCAAGAUGAUUUUUAGUUUUUAACACAAAGGGGCUCUUUUAUUAAUUUAUUGCAUUUUACUUUUAGACGAUCAGCUUUUGUUGCCGUUUUAUCUGAAGUUUCUGUUACUGAUGGAUUAGUUAUGUAUGUGACGUGACUGCAUAUAUUUUAGAUUUUAAAUUUCCACCAAAA